AUGCCUUUUUCUCUCCCAGAGACCUCGCCUUCUCGACCUCGCCUUCUCCACGGGCCGACACAGGUCUUGGCUUACUGUGGCAUCGGCCUCGUGGCCUCGAUCCUGGGCGAGCUGGCGGCCGGCGUCUGGCGGGUGCCGGUGGAUCUGGUGAAGCAGCGUCAGCAAGCCGGCGGAGGACAACGUCUAGGAGCAGUGGUGCAAGGUGUUGUCAGCACACAGGGCUCGAUUUUCGUGGCUUCGUUGCAGGCCUCCUUGCUGCGGGAUGUCACUCACAGCAGCCUGCAGUUUCCAAUGUAUGAAUACUUAAAGUUGGUUUGCGCCAACUUGAACGGAAUCUCCAAGGAGUCUUUGCCAACCUGGCAAGCAGCCUCUUGUGGCACAGUGGCAGGUGUGAUUUCGGCCUUCUUGUCGACGCCCUUGGACGUGCUUCGAACCCGUUUGAACCUACGGGAGGAUCACCUUUGCCCGACCCACUCGCGGAAGAAGGCCUCACAGCUCUUGAAAGAGGAGGCCUUGCUGGUCUACCGCGGUCCGCGUGGCUUCCUGGGCUUCUUCGCGGGGUGCACCUGUCGCGCCGCCUGGAUGGGCCUGGGCGGCUUCAUCUUCCUGGGUCAGUCCGCCAGCAUCCCCAGUGCUGCCCAAGUGCCUUGGGCGUCUGCGGAAAGGCGAGACGCCGUCCCGCCCGGUCCGCGGGCGCCGAGCCCCGCGAGCCCCUCCACGGACCGGCAACUGGGCUCUGAGCCGCCAGUCUUGGUGUCCUUCUCCUGUGGCCUGUUGGCAGGCGUGGCUGUAGAUGUUCCGCUGCACCCUUUGGAUACGCUGAAGACACGCGUGCAGUCCAGAGAAGGGUUUUGGCCCGCUGGCGGCUAUCGCAACCUGUGGAGUGGGCUGAGUGCCGUCCUUGCCGUCUCUUUGCCUGGAAGUGCGCUGUUCUUUGUGCUCUACGAGUCCUCCAGGCACUUCCUCGAGCGCCGGAUUCCGGUGGCUCAACAUGACAAGUCCAUCGCCAUGUCUCGGGAUGCUGUGGCCGCCUCGGUGGCGGACGUGGGCGCCUGUGUGGUGCGGGUGCCGUGCGAAGUGCUCAAACAGCGCAUGCAAGCGCUCGGGCCUUGUGGAGUUGCGCUGAGCUUCACACAAACCGUGUCGAAGGUCUGGGAAGAGGGGGUCCGCGGCUUUUUCGCUGGCUUUGCCGCCACCGCGAUGCGAGAGGUGCCGUUUGCACUCAUCCAGAUGCCUCUCUUCGAGGAGCUGAAGCACAACCACCCCUGGGCAGCCAGAGCGCAAAGGGAAGGCAACAAACAGGAGCAAGGCCAAGCAAUGCGCAUUUUGGGCGAAUGA